GCAGUAAUGCAAUUUGGUGGAUACCAAGUACCGUAAAUCCUCAAAGAAGAAGAAGAACAGUUCUGUCCUCCGCUUCCUCGCACGUUUCUCUGACUAGACCGGCCUGGCUAUUCAUUUUAGCAUUUGCUGAAACUGCAUCCUUCCCACCUUUGGAGAGCAGCAAUGUUUUCCUGCAGAGCGGCCUGGCAAAGGUGUGGGCUUACGGCACGGAGAGCAGCUUACAGGUUGCCCCGGGAUGUUGUGCAGAGGCGGCAAAUGUCAUCAGUGCCUGGUGGUUCUGGGGAAAACAUUGUCUACGCCGUGCUGUGUGGUGGAGCCUUUGUCGGUGCUGUGUCAUAUGCAUACAUCACUGUGUCCUCAGACAGUGCCAGGUACAAUGAUCGUAUUGCAGAAAUCAAAGCUAGACCCAAGAAAGAUUGGGUACCUAAACCAUGGCCACCUAAAAGCAAGGAUGACGAAGAGGGUGGAGAUGAGGAGGAGGUAGCUGAGGCCACCAGUGGAGAGGCUGUGGUUGGGGAAGAGGAGACUGCUGCAGCUGCUGACAUUGAUGCAGAGACUGUUGUGGAGGCAGUCGCCGAUGUAGUUGCUGAGGCUGCUGAAGUCGUUGCCGAGGUGGCAGAGGUUGUUGCUGAGGCUGCGCAGGAAGUGGAGUGUGUCGCAGAAGAAGUGGCCCAAGUGUCUGAGACUGUUGAGGAGGCUGCCCAAGCUGUUGCAAAACCAGCUGCCGUUGUUGCUGAGGACCCAGAAAGCAAUGUGCUGCUGUCAGCUGCCUCUACUUUAGAGGUACCGAAGAUAGUUGAAGUAAAGGAAGAGUUGGCACCCUCUGACGUUAAGGUUGCACCAAAGCAAGUGUCCCCAUCACCAAUAAAAGCAAAGCCUGUUGAAGAAAUUGCUUCAGUUGAAGAGGUUAUGAAGCCACCAGAAGAGAUUCCUGUACCAGUAGAACCUGCAUCCACAGAAAAAGAACCUGCAGAAGAAUCUCCUUCACCAGUAGGGGUUACACCAGCAGAAGAGGCCCAUGCACCAGUGUAUACUGCACCAGUGGUCGAGGAGGCUGCCGCACUGGUGGAGGUUGCACCAGUGACUGAAGAGGCCCCGGCACCAGUAGAGGUUACACCACUUGUUGUAGAAACCCCAGUACCAGUAGAGGUUGUACCAGUAGAAGAGAGCCUUGCACUGGCUGGUGAUGCUUCUGUACCAGUGGCAGAAGAAACCCCUGCACCAGUAGAGGCAACACCGGUGGAGGCUGCACCAGCGGUCGAGGAGGCCCCCGCACCGGUGGAGGCUGCACCAGGGGUCGAAGAGGCCCCCGCACCGGUGGAGGCUGCACCAGUGGUCGAAGAGGCUCCCACACUGGUGGAGGUUGUACCAGUGAUUGAAGAGGCCCCUACACCAACUGUUGAGGAGGCCCCAGCACCAGUAGAGGCUAUACCAGUAGAACAGAACCUUGCACCAGUUAUUGACGCUUGUGCACCAGUGGUAGAAGAAACCCCUGCACUGGUUGUUGAGCCUUGUGCACUAGUGGUAGAACAAAUCCCUGCACCAGUAGAGGCUAGACCAGUGACACGAAAGUCACUGGCCCCAGUAGAACCUGAUAUUACCACAGCUAUAGAUGAAGAACUAGUCACCACCACAUCUGUGGAAGAAGUUGCAGCAGCCCUCACUGAAGAAGUAGCCAGCCCUGUGGUGGAAGAAGCAGCUACAGCCCCUGUGGAGUCCUUGGCAGAAGAUCCUAAGAGAGAGUACAUUGUUGUUGUUCUGGAAGGAACCCCUAAAGUAGAAAAGAGGCCAAAGGUGCUGGGAGUAGGGCCCAUGAGUGGUAGAAUCAUCCCAUCUCCAAAUGAUGACGAUGCCCCUGCUUCUGAGGGUAAGCGACGUCCUCUUAGGAUGCAAAUGCAGUAGUUCCAACUAAGUAAACGGCUCCUGAAUGAUUACUUUCUAUCUGCGGAAGAAGAGGACGUGCCUUUUUCCAACACUUUCCCUUCCUCCUUUUACCGUGAAACACCAGGGACUAAUAUGUAGUUUCACUGUAAAGACACACACAAUAUACAGUGUUUAGAUCAAUGCCUGCUUUAUUGAAAUGUCAUACCACUAUAUUAGCAGUGGCCCAUAUGGCCCAUUAAUGUGACACUCCAGUCUUGACUCUAAAGACCCUGAUGAGCCCAGUCAGAAGUUCAACAGAUCUCUGGUUUAUCUAGGCGUUCAAUAAUCAUUCUUGCAACUUCUAUGAAUUGCAGUCUGUUUACAGAUGUGGACUAAACUGACCCAAUCAGUCACCCUUUUUUCUUACUGUUACAGUUUACUGCCUCAAAAAUCACUCCAGUGCAAUAACUUAAUACUCACCACCACAUCCUGUUAACCUAAUCACUCAAAAACCACUUAUGAUGUGGACCUACAGUGUUAUUUCUUCAAGCGAGGGGUGUUUUGAGUCACCAGCAUUCUUUAGAUUACCCAACUUCAGGUCUUCCUUCCACUUCUCUUGAUGUAAAAAUGAACAGCUGCAAACACUAAAGAGCAUGUGUACAGUAGCUAUUUUGCUACCUCAGUUCUCAUGUCUUCAGUCUUUAAAAUGACACCAUAGCCCACUAUCUUCAAUGAGCACAUUCUUAUUUUUCAGAAACUGUAAUUUGAUCACCGAAACAACUAAUCCUGUACAACUAAAGGCAGGCCGUUGUUGAUUUAGCUUUUCUUUUCCUCCUCUUGAAAGCCAAGUUACUCUGAAGCACAAGAAACUGCUGCUGCACAGCUCCCAUUGGGUUAAAACUCUCAAGUGUUUCACUUCUGGCCACACCUCUUUUGGUGAUGUCACAGCAGGUAUUUUGGCCUUGACAGCUUUUGUAAAACACUAGUUGUGACAUCAUUGAUUGGGUUAUGGCCUGACAUGAAAUAAACUUUGAAUGUUUCAACCCAUAGAGAGCAACAAAGCAAGUGUUUUCUUCUCUACAUUCAUCAUUGGGUUAACAUUUUAGGUGAGUUUUUUCCUCCUUACUUUUUGUAGAUUAGAUUGAUGAUCAAUGUACUUAAUAUUUAAAAAAUGUACAUUUAAGUUUAGCUCAGCACCAUGAUUUAGUGAGGAAAAGUUGUCAGGGCGUUGGGUAGGGGAUUGGAUAAGCAGCAGCAUAUUCUAUCAGUCCUUGUUCAUCUUUCCUUUCUAAAGAGUUUUUCUUGUUUUGUUCUAGCAGUAAGACCUGUGUGGAUCUGUAAUUUAAGGGCUUGCAGCAAGUAUGAACCGUCAUGAUACUGAUGUGCUGGUGUAAUAUGAAAUUUGUGUUUGGGAAGUGUUACAGUAUGUCUGAAGAAAAGUCCAGUGUUAAAUGCUUUGACAGCUGUGUUGUAGUUCUCUCUCCUUUGAUUUCCUCUUUCACAUUUUCUCACCUAUACUAUUGAAUUUAUUGCUGCUUUACCUUAGUAUACAGUAAAAAGUGAGAAUUGAACUUCGUCAACACUUGGUCUGUUGUUGGUGCUGGCAGGCAUGUUUCUAUAAUGGGAUUUGAUUGAAUGCCUUUGAGAAAAGGGCAGCAACUGUGACUGACAUUACUGUUUUUCUUGUUUUGCAAAAUAAAGAGAUUAAACAUAUGAUUUUCUCUG